AUGGAUACGCACAAGUAUCGGCUGCCCGAUCAUACAAAUGGCAAUGGUACAAAGGUCACACUAGACACGCGGCGGGAACAUCUAGAAAGAGAUACGAGGCCACCCGCGUCGCCUGAUAUCCCUCCACCGCCUCUCCCUAAGGAUUCUCCCCCACCGCCCGCAACUCCGCAGCAAGAGUACAUUCCUGAUUCUUCGUCCUAUUUCAAUCCGCUUGGCCUACAGCGUCCAGGUUCAAUAUAUACCAUCUCGCGCGCAUCGUUUGCAAACCAACUCGCACAACUCACGUCACUACAACUUCCCGAUGCAGAAUCGCUUUCUGGCAAAGUAUCUGCCAUCCCCACGGCUCAAGCAGCUUCGAAGGCAUUGAUUGGUGCCGCCGACCAGAUCCGUAGCUGGAUUUCCAAGGCGUCAGAGGUAAUAGAUGGACUCGAUAGCGACGACGACGUCGAGUGGGCUGCGGCUGGAGGUAGGGAGGGAUUGGAGGAAGUGGAAAACGCUAUUACUCGAUUCGAGGAGCUUAUUAACGUUUACGUUUCCGCAAUUGAGGAGUUGCAAGGACGGGAUGACAUCAGCAACGUUUCUCCUGACGACCUUCGAAGGGCUGUUGAGCAGAUGGAAGGCAUCAUGCUGGAAUGGGGUACAAUUCGUCUCACCCUUCACAGUGUGAAGGCGCAGGUCGAGAUCGCCAUGGAGUGGGAAGAGCUCUGGAACAUGGUGCUUGGUGAUAUCCAGAACGAGAUGGAUGAGCUCAGCCGGCUGGUCUUUGAGAUGGAAGAGAAGAGGCAUAAAUCAGUAAUGGCCAUUGCGAAUGGGGACGGCGUAGACAUCGGCGAUUUGGAAACCAUCGUGGAAGAGACACCACCUGCCAUGACUAGGCUGCAGGUGAACAAUCGAUUCAGCCUGCCACCAUUCCCUGCUAGUCCUAGUUCGCCUGGUCCGAGUCUCUCCCAGGACGACUCAAGUCUCCUUGCGCUAUUCGCAAGGAUGCAACCGUUGCGCGCUUCCUUAGAUUUUCUCCCUAUGAGGCUCUCGGUUUUUGAGACAAGGGCACAGCAAGCAUUUCCAACUGCCUGUGAGGAACUUGAGAUGAGAAGAACUGGUCUGGAUGCAAGCUACAAGAAGCUAGAGAAGGAUGCCGAAUCCCUACGUAAAGAACUUGGCGAGGAUCGCUGGAUUCUUGUAUUUCGUGGAGCUGGUCGACAGGCUCAGAAGAUGUAUGAAUCUGUUGAGCGAAGUCUUGCCAAGCUGAAGGAGGGAGUCGACGCAGGUAUGCACUUGACUAAUCAGCCAGUCAUGGCCAAGAAGAUUGAGAGCUACGAGGCGAAGAAGACGCACUAUGGUCCAGCAAUCGAGCGGGUCCUCCUGAUCAUUGACAGAGGAGUGAAGGACAGACUUACCGUAAACGGGGAGAUUCUAAGACUCCACGCCGAGAUGCAAACGAAAUGGGAAGGUCUCAAGAACCAGAUGGCUGACAUGGACAUGACUCUCGAGGAGAUACAAUCCGACAAACGGAGUCAACAGCUCAGGGACUCAAUUUCGAGCAUGCUCUCUAAUGACCGGUCCACCAUUGGCAGUGGCGUCGAGACACCAGGCAGCUCACCUCCGUCUUCCGUCAUUAUGUCUGGCUUGGGUAUCGACACGACAAAGCCGGGCCCUAAGAAUAUGAAACAACAGCCCACUCAGUGCAACCACUCCCAGCCCAUACGCGAAGGGCACGCCAACUCCCACUCGCUCACACUCUGCUUUGACCCCUGGUUCUUCGGCGUCCAAACUGCCCAUGCGGAGUCCUCUGAGGGCAGCUUCCUCCUCUCCAAUACCUGA